AUGUAUUUUACUCCUUUGGCCUUCCAGGCAUGUGGUAGUCCGCUCACAAAUGUUGGUGAUCAUUUUGGUCCAAACAAAGUGCUUCGUGAUGAUCUUGGCCGUGGAUCAUUUGCUGGGCUGAGCCACGGUACCGUAUCCUCGUGUUGGGGGCGCGCGCGGCCAAGGGUGCAUGUGCUGUUCUCUCCCCCCUCACUCCUUCUGUCUAUUUAUCUCUUUCUAUCUCUCCUCCCCUUUUUUUUCUACUCGCCGACAGAGAACUAUACUUCUCGCAAAAUGGCCGACCAUCACGACUUACCCUACCAAGCUGAAUAUGCAAAAAGCAAUCGUUCCACUUGUAAAGCCUGCAGGACAACCAUCAGCCAAAAGAGUCUAAGACUUGCUGUUAUGGUCCAGUCUCCAGUGUUUGAUGGAAAGACCCCAAAUUGGUUCCAUUACCAUUGUUUCUGGAAGAGAGCCAAAGUUGAAUCUCACCAAGACAUUCACAAUUUUGAUGCCUUACGAUGGGAUGACCAGCAGAAAAUCAAGGACAAAAUUGCGGGAGGCAGUGGUGGAAUAGAUGAGAAAAGUGCUGCUGCUGGUGGUACGGGAACAAGUAUUAGUGAUUUUAAAGCUGAGUAUGCUAAAUCCAAUCGGAGUACAUGUCGUGGCUGUGAAGAGAAAAUUGGAAAGGAUGAGUUAAGACUGUCAAAGAAGGAUUUUACAAGUCAGAGAGCCAAGAUGUAUGGGCCCCAAGAUACUUGGUAUCAUGUUGACUGCUUUGUCAAACAGCGUGAAGAACUUGGUUUGGGCCCUGACAAGGGUGUCAAUGAAUUUGCAGGAUACAACAAUUUGAAGAAGCCUGACCAAGACGAACUGCUUCAAAAAUUGGGAAAAGGAUCAUCCAAUAAUGAGAACAGGAAAAGAAAAGGGGAAGGAAAGGGUGAGACUGAAGCAAAGAAGAAAAAAGAGGAAACAAAAGAGGAAAAAAUAAUGAAGGAACAAAACAAAUUGCUUUGGAGUUAUCGGGACAAAUUGCAGAAGGAUGUAAGCAACGAGGCACUGAAGCUGCUUCUUCAAUUAAACCAUCAAAAAGUUCCUUCCGGUGAAAGUAAUUUGUUAGAUGCUGUUUCUGACUGCAUGGCUUUUGGAGCUCUAGAAGGCUGUCCUAAUUGUCCUGAUGGACAAUUGGCCUAUAGGAGCGAUGGUUACCGUUGUACUGGGAAUUUGACGAGCUGGACAAAGUGUUUAUACAUCACUCGGACACCAAAACGCAAACCUUUUAAAAUCCCAAAGGAAUAUCAUGAUGUAGAUGUUUUAAAGAAAUAUAAGUACAAAUCUCGAGAUCGUGUAUUUCCUGCUGUUGUCGUGUCUUCCAAGGAAGGACCUGUUAUUGACACCGGAUUCCUUGAUGAUGUCAAAAAUGGUGGAGUUUUAUUAAUGAUACAGAAGCAUAGUAUUGCAUCUUGGGGAGAUGAUCCUCAGCAGCGAAUUAUUGAACCAACUGUCAUGAAAAGUGGGUCAAAAUCAUCAAAUAAUGCAAAGGAUGAAGCUUACUUUACUAAAGCAAUUCCUGACAAACUACGAAUGAUGGUAAAAGGAGGGGCAGCUGUAGAUCCUGAUUCUGAAUUGGCUGAUACUGCUCAUGUGAUCCAAGAAAAAUCGGACAUUUAUAAUGCUGUACUAGGUUUGGUUGAUGUAAUUUCUGGUACCAAUUCCUAUUACAAGAUUCAGGCUUUGGAAACUGAUGCCAAAUCUUGUUGGUAUGUUUUCCGUUCCUGGGGCCGUGUAGGCACAACCAUUGGUGGGAACAAGCUUGAACGUUGCGGAUCCCGAAGUUCUGCAAUUGAAAAAUUCAAAGCUCUAUACAGUGAUAAAACCAACAAUAAUUGGGAAGACCGUCACAACUUCCAGAAAUUCCCUAACAAAUUCUAUCCUUUGGAGAUUGAUUAUGGUCAGGAGGACGAGAACAUAAAGAAACUUGAUUUGAGCAAAAGUAAAUCCAAGUUGCACAAAGCCAUUCAAGACCUUGUCCGUAUCAUUUUUGAUAUUGAAAGCAUGAAAAAGGCCAUGAUGGAAUUUGAGAUUGACUUGAAAAAAAUGCCUCUCGGAAAACUGUCAAAAAAACAGAUUGAAUCUGCUUAUAAAGUGUUGAAUGAACUGAAUCAGAGUUUCAUAGGAAUUAUUACAGCUGGAGACUUCUACAUCUCACACACACUCUCUCUCUCUCUCUCUCUCUCUCUCUCUCUCUCUCCCUCCUCUCUCUUCAACACAUUUUGUGUCAAUUAA